CAAUCAUGAGACGUGGCUCCAUACUCAUCUUUCUUUGCUUCAACUCUCAACCCAAUGUUUCUUUCUCUACCGCAUAUCAACUUCCUCAAUUUUUCUCUUGCUUCUUAUUACUUUCUUCUCCAUGUUUCCUUCUCCUUGUGUAGGAAAAUGGGCGAGAAAAUCCGUUUCCACAAUCAUCUCUGCAACUAGCUUCAUUGUUUUCCUCAUUUUUGAUUUUCUUGACAUAAUCUUUUGCAUUAUUUAUAGGUACCUUGAUGGGUUUUUUGAAGGGAAGCCCUCCCGUUGUUUUUGUGGAGACAGGGGAGAGAUACAGGGGAGUGUGGGGGAUGAUGGAGACAGUGAGCUUUCAGAGACUUUGUAUAGGAGGAACAACGUGUUUAGGGGAAUGAGAUUUCUGGGUUUGGGAAGAAAUUGGGAAAAUAGCAAGAAAUCAUUCGGUGGUGGCUGUGGAAGAAGGAUUUGGUCUGAUUGUGGAUGUGAGUCUUGUGUUUCUUGGAUGAAGAAGGAUGGUGGACACAGUCUGCAUGUAGUUGUCAAGGAGCCUUCGACUGCUGCUGGAGAUUUGACAGAGAAUGUGAUAUUCUUGCAUGGAUUCCUCUCCUCUUCUUCAUUUUGGACAGAAACAGUGUUUCCAAAUCUGUCUGAGCCUGUAAAGCGUAACUACAGACUAUUUGCUGUUGACCUUUUGGGAUUUGGAAGAAGCCCUAAGCCAAAAGAUUGUUAUUACACUCUAAGAGAUCACUUGGAAAUGAUUGAAAAAUCCGUUAUUAAUCCAUUUGUAUUGAAGUCUUUCCAUAUUGUUGCACACUCCAUGGGCUGCACUAUUUCAUUAGCUCUUGCUGCAAAAUACUCAAACUGUGUGAAAUCAAUCACCCUCGUAGCACCGCCUUACAUCUCAAGUUCAAAGGAAGAAGCAAGUCUUACGGCACUUCAACAACUUGCUGGGAAGAGAUUAUGGCCGCCAUUGCUGUUUUGUUCAUCAUUUAUGUCAUGGUAUGAACACUUAGGCCGAUGCGUCUGCUUACUUGUGUGCCGAAACCACAGGAUAUGGGAGAGGAUUUUGAAGCUACUCACCUGGAGAAGGGAUCUGCAUUUCAUGAUCAUGGACAUGACCAAGCACACCCAUCAUUCAGCAUGGCAUUCAAUGCAUAAUGUGAUAUGUGGAGGGGCAAAAUUUCUGGAGGAAAUGUUGGAGAAUUUGAUGAAAUCUGGAGCGAAAAUUUGUGUUAUCCAAGGUGAUGAGGACAAGGUCAUCCCUUUGGAGUGUGGCAAAAACAUAAAGAGUAAGGUUCCUAAUGCAGAAAUUAGUAUCAUCCCAAAUGCUGAUCAUAUUGGUGUAAUAAUAGGUAGAGAGAAGGAUUUUACUAGGAAUUUAGAGCAUAUAUGGGCCUCAUCUACUGAUACUGAAUAAUUCUUUUUCUUGGGUGAAGCAGCAAAACUAGCUUAGCUUGAUUCUCUCAAGGUUUCUUUCUUUCCUUCUUUUUCUCUGUUAUAUUCUCAGCAAACUGACAAGAUAUACCUUGUAUUACGCAGAGAUGAUAACUUAAAAAAAAAAAAAAAAAAACUUCAUGAGCCUAUGUAUACUCAUUUGUAUGUUUUAAGUAAAAUAAAAAUUGGCAGGAAUAAUCUUAGUCCA